AUGCUUCGUGUUCUUCAAAUCUUGCUUCUUUGUUUCGUCCUCGUCGCUUGGAUCUCGAUCUCUCCGGCGAUCUCCGAGAAAGAGUCUAUAUACGAGAUCCUUCAAGCGAAUGGAUUACCGUUGGGGAUAUUCCCGAAAGGCGUGAAAGAAUUCAACUUUGAUGGAGAAACGGGACGAUUCUUGGUUUAUUUGAAUCAGUCGUGCGAGGCAAAGUACGAGACAGAGCUGCAUUACGAAACGAAUGUGUCGGGGACGAUAGGUUAUGCUAAAAUCGGAGAUCUGUCGGGAAUCUCGGCGCAAGAGCUCUUCUUGUGGUUUCCGGUUAAAGGAAUCCGAGUCGACGUACCGAGCUCUGGUCUUAUAUUCUUCGACGUUGGUGUUGUUAAAAAACAAUACUCUUUGUCUUUGUUCGAGACACCGAGAGAUUGUGUUGCGGUUCGUGGGAUUGAUAAGGUAUGA